AUGUCGUCCACCGCCCACCGCCGCCUGCUCCAGGAGUACCGGUCCCUGACCAAUGGCCCUCCUGAAGGCAUCACCGCCGGCCCCGUCUCCGAGGACGACAUGCUGCUCUGGGAGGCCGUCAUCCAGGGGCCCGAGGGGACGCCCUUUGAGGGCGGCGUCUACCCGGCCGAGCUCAAGUUUCCCAAGGACUACCCGCUCGUCCCGCCCACCAUGCGCUUUGUCGGCUGCGAAGUGUGGCAUCCAAAUGUCUAUCCCUCCGGUCUUGUGUGUAUCUCCAUUCUGCACCCGCCCGGCGACGACCCCAACCACUACGAGCAAGCCUCCGAGCGCUGGUCGCCCGUCCAGAGCGUCGAGAAGAUUCUGAUUAGCGUUAUGAGCAUGCUGGCCGAACCCAACGACGAGAGCCCUGCCAACGUCGAGGCCGCCAAGAUGUGGCGCGAGCGGCGGGAGGAGUACAAUGCAAAGGUGCGGGCGAACGUGCUGUCGAUGCUGGGGCUCUGA